AUGUCUGUCGAACUGAGCCCCCACGUCCAGCUCGGCUUUCCUCGCCCCUUGACUCAGCUUGUUAAGCGUACUCUGACGGUCUCCAACCCUAACAACCAGCCCGUCGCCUUCAAAGUCAAGACCACCGCUCCCAAGCAGUACUGCGUGCGUCCCAACUCGGGCCGUAUCGAGCCCGGCGAGAAGGUCGAGGUGCAGGUGCUGCUCCAGCCCAUGAAGGAGGAGCCACCUUCGUCUGCCAAGUGCCGAGACAAAUUCCUUGUCCAGUCCACCAUCAUCACGCCCGAUUUCGAGACGGCUUCGCUCCAGGAGAUUUGGCCCACCAUCGAGAAGGAAAACAAGUCAGCUAUCCACGAGCAAAAGAUCCGAUGCGCUUACCUCCCUGCCACCACGGCCCCCUUGGCCGAGGAGGACGAGGGCAACACCAGCCAGUUGAACGGCGAUGAGCGAUAUACCACGGUGCGCGGCGCACCCAGCAAGCUCAACGGCGACGAUAGCUAUGCCUCGCAAACGUACAACCCCAUCACUGCUGCUCAGAAUGCUUCCGCCAACACCGACGGCUCAACGGCCCAAAAGGCCAAGGAGGCCGCGUACGCUGCUGGCGGAGCGGCAGCUGCCGGUGCUGGUGCCGCAGCGCUUGCUGCACGAAACGCUGGCUCGGGUGCCGUCAACGGCGCUUCGGCUGCCAACAAGGACACGUCGAAUCUUUCCACUUCGGAACUGCAAGCCGAGGUGGCCCGACUCAGGAAGGAGCUCGACCAGGCCAAGCGUUCGUCUUCGUCGGCAAACGUCCAGACCGCUUCCGCCGAGGGUGUGCCCGUUCACAUUGUUGCCGCCAUCGCCUUUGCCGUUUUCGCCAUCACCUAUGUCAUGUUCUAA